GUGGUGACCUGCGGGGCCGCCAUGAGCGCCUGCCGGGCGGGGAGGCAGUGGCUGCUCGCCCUGGGCCUGUUCGGGGAGCUGUGCCGCGGGCGUCUGGCGCCCAGCCUCAUCGCCUGCUCGGCGUUGGUGAGCGCGUGCGAGCGCGGCGGCGCCUGGCAGAGCGCGGUGCGGCUGCUGGCGGAGGCGACCGCGGGCCGCCUCGCGCUCGACACGCCCGCGUACAGCGCGUGCAUGAGCGCGUGCGCGGGGGGCGGGGGCUGGGCGGUGGCGCUGGUGCUGCUGGAGGAGGCGCUGGCGGCGCGGCUCCGGCCAGACGCGAGGAUGUGCGGGGCGCUCAUCGCCGCCUGCGCGAGGGGCGAGAAGUGGCCGCAGGCGCUGGGGCUGCUGGCCGGGAUGCGCGCAGGCGGGCUGCCCCCGAACCUGUUCCUGAUGAGCGCGCUGGUGUCGGCGUGCGAGAAGGGGCAGCGCUGGGAGCAGGCCGUUGCGCUGAUGUCGGAGACCAGGCGCAUGGGCCUGCGCCCCAACGAGGUGACGUACAACGCGCUCGCCAGCGCGUACCAGAAGGGCCGGCAGUGGGAGCGCGCCGUCGCCCUGCUGGGGGAGCUGCCGCGCCACGGCCUGAGGGCCAAUCUGGUGACCUUCAACGCAGUGAUCGCCGCGUGCGCGGAGGAGGGCACGUGGGGGCAGGCCCUGGGCUUGUUCGCCCGCAUGCAGGGGGACGGCGUGGAGCCCGACGUGAUCACGUGCCACGCCCUGGUCAAUGCGCUCGGGAACGGUGGGCAGUGGGCGCGGGCGCUCUGGACGGCGACGGGCAUGUGGGAGAGGGGCCUGGCUCGGCCGCGAGGCCUGACGUUCGGCUACCUCAUCCAGAGGGCCGAGAGAAGGGCGACCAGUGGCGGCAGGCCGUGGCGCUGCUGGACGAGGCGCGCCGGCACCACCCGGACUCGGCUAUCGCCAGGACCCCGGCUGAGGGGGCCUUCCCCCCGCGCCGAAGUCGGGCCUGUCCCUACACAGGAG